AUGGCUCCUGUUCAAAUUACUGUUGGUGUCUAUCUGUUAUAUUCUUUGUUAGGAUGGUCUAGUCUGCUAGGUUUGUCAGUAAUGUUGGUGAUGCUGCCAUUAAACCAACUGGUGACAAAAUAUUAUUCAACCAAGCAAGAGAAACUCAUGAAAGCACGCGAUAAAAGAGUUUACUUAAUGAAUGAACUUCUACAGGGCAUUCGUCAAAUCAAGCUCUUUGCUUGGGAAUCCAAUUGGACAAAACGUAUUAUUAAAUCUAGAGAGAUUGAGUUAUCUUACUUGGGGAAGACAUGUAUUGCAGAUAUCAUUUUCUUGUGUAUAUGGCAUGGAACUCCUCUUUUGAUUAUUAGCAUUGCCUUCUUUUCUUUUACAAAACUGCAAAAGCAAGAACUCACUGCUCCUAUUGCUUUCGCAGCCAUUGAAGUCUAUCAUGAACUCGAGUCUGCUUUGACUAUCAUUCCGGGAACAAUUAUCGAUGUAUUAGAAAUGUAUGUGAGUUUGGAUCGUGUUCAAAAGUAUUUGGCAAAAGCAGAAGUCAAUAACAUGGAUUCUUCUUUUGUUCAUGCUUUAGACACUAUCAAAAUGGAAGAUGCUACUAUAACAUGGCCAAUCGAUUCCCAAGAUCAAGUAUUCCAGCUAAAGGAUCUCAACAUUGUUUUCCCCAAAAAUCAAAUAUCUCUUAUCUGUGGCGCGACUGGUGAAGCCAAAAUCACCCAUGGCUAUGUUUAUUCAGCAAGUUCCAAUCCGUUUUACUCUACUUUGGAUCAAUCAAUUGACAUUGCAUCGAUUCAAGCGUCUCAAGACACAACUAUUUCUGCUUCUUGGAUUUUACCAGAAGCUGUUGCUUAUGUGCCUCAAACGGCUUGGCUACAAAACGAUACCAUCAAAAACAAUAUUCUGUUUGGCCUUCCAUUUGUGUCUAGUCGAUAUCAAGGUACCAUCUACGCUUGUGCCUUGGACAAAGAUUUCUCGUAUCUCAAUGAUGGCAACGAGACAGAGAUUGGUGAAAAGGGCAUCACUUUCAGUGGUGGCCAGAAAGCACGAGUUACACUGGCUCGUGCUGUUUAUUCUCGAGCCCAGAAUAUAUUUCUUGAUGAUGUCUUAAGUGCCGUGGACGCAUAUACAGCUAGACAAUUGUAUCACAAGUGUCUUCUGGGGCCUCUGGUUAAGAGUCGAACAAUCAUUUUGAUUACUCACCAUGUCAGUUUAUUGCUUGUCAAAGAUGGACGCACACAGAUUACUGGUUCUCCUCUAGAGAUUAAAAAGACGAUGUUAUUCAAGAAGAGCAAGAAAUCAAUAGACAAAGUCAGUUUGACGAGCAAUACUGAAAGUAAUCCGUCUAUUGUUGAUAUACAUUCUUCGACCAAAAAAAGCCCAAAAGUACUUGUAGAGGAAGAGAAACGCUUUGAUGGCACUGCCAAGCUCAAGUUCUAUAAGAAGUAUCUAGGACUAUAUGGCCACUGGUUCUUUUGGACCGCGUUUCUAUCCGUCAUUAUAGGCUACAGAAUAUUCGACAUUACUUUUACCUGGUGGAUUAAACAAUGGGCACAGUCUUAUGAAUCUGAUAAGGCUCAAAAGGCAUACAGUCUGGAUGCCUACCUUUGUAUCUUUGCCAUGAUUAAUAUGAUAAAUAUCUUCUUGGUUGGAUUCAAGUACACCCUUACUUUCUGGAAAGGUAUUGACACUGGUAGAAAACUAUACAUUCUUUUACUCGAACGUAUCUUUGGCGCACCUCUUUGUUUCUUUGAUACAGUCCCUGUAGGUCGCUUACUGAACCGUUUUAGCAAAGAUGCUGAGAAAAUCGACCGAAAGAUAUCUUUCUAUUUUAUCUGUUUCCUGUAUGAACGGGUCAAAAUAGUAGGUAUUGCUUUAGUGACCAUGGCGACAGUGUUUCUUUCCAUCUUGCCUAUGAUGGUAGUUACCCUUUUUGUUGCUUGUAAUAGAGAUCUUCAGCGUAUGGAAUCUGUGAGUCGUUCUCCCAUUUUUAGUCAGUUUGGUGAGACUAUUUCAGGCAUCACUACCAUUCGCGCGUUUGGUGUCUUAAUUUUGCUAAAUCUGAAUAACAUGGAUGCUCCGUUGGCUGAUUUUUGCUUGACUUUUGUAAGCACAUUUACAGAUUCAUUUUAUUGGGGUGUUAGAAGAUAUAUUGAUGUUGAGAAUGUCUUUAAUUCAGUAGAACGCGUAGUAGAGUAUUUAGAGAUUGAACAAGAAUCUAAUAGAAUCACAGACACAAGACCACCUUCUGAUUGGCCACAUGAAGGAGUUAUCCAAGUAGAUAAUUUACAUGUUCAAUAUGCGCCUGAUCUUCCUAUUAUUUUAAAAGGCGUUAGUUUCUCGGUCAAACCAAGAGAGAAGAUUGGUAUUGUGGGUAGAACAGGAAGCGGGAAGCCAACAUUGGCGUUCUCCUUCUUUCGCUUUAUUGAGCACUUGAAGGGUCAAAUUGUGAUUGAUGAUGUGGAUAUCUCCACUCUCGGUACAAGUGAUUUACGUAGCAAUCUGACUAUUAUCCCUCAAGAUCCUACUUUGUUCUCUGGCACACUUCGGUCGAAUAUGGACCUAUUUGAUCAAUUUGAAGAUCAAGAUAUCUUUGGUGCCCUUCGUCGCGUGCAUUUAAUCACUGACAAUAAUCAAGAUGAUAUCAACGCGAACGUGUUCAAGAAUCUCGAUCAAACUGUUUCUGAAGGUGGACACAACUUUUCCCAAAGUCAAAAGCAAUUAUUGUGUCUUGCCCAAGCUGUUUUAAAGAAAAACAUAGUAUUGUUAAUAGAUGAAGCAACUGCCAGUGUUGAUUUCGAGACAGAUAGAGCCAUUCAAAAGACAAUUAAUCAAGAAUUUUCUGACUGUACUGUCUUGUGUAUUGCUCAUCGCUUGAAUACUGUGAUUGAAUAUGAUCGUGUCUUGGUACUUGAUCAUGGUCAAAUUUUGGAGUUUGCAAGCCCAUUGGAUUUAUUACAAGAUGUCAAUUCCAUGUUUUAUAGAAUGUGCAGCAAUUCAGGUCAAUUUGAUAAUCUGUUGAAACUUGCAAAAGCAAAGCACGAACUAGUAGAUAUCUCUUAG